AUUGUGUUCACAAUUUUGUAAAAGUUAACAUCCUUUAGGGUAGCCGUUUGCGUGAGGAACGUUGGCCUCGCGUCAAACUAGGUGCAUUUAGUGCAAGAUGAGCGGUUGCGGACUGCUUGUUUCCGUGAUAAAAACCCUCGAUGCCAGUGAAACAAACGAGCAGCGCGAACGGGAGAAGCAUAAAAUUGAACGGGAGUUUCGAAAAACUGACCAGCGUCUAAACGAACUCGUAUCACGCAGCGAUGGCGACCUCACGCGCGUUAUGCAGCUGUUCGGCAAGGUGUCGACGGAAGUUACGGCCUCCCGGGAGCGAAUACAUGUGGUCAAGGAGAAUCUCCAGUCGUGCAAACAGUUGCUGCGUUGUCGCCGAGAUGAACUGAAAAAGCUGUACACGGACGCCAUCCAGCACAAGUACGUGCUGGAGAUGUUGGAUCAAAUCACCGAAAUACGGAAAGUGCCGACACAGCUGACCGCGUAUAUGGCGAAGAAACACUACCUACACGCCACCAAGCUGCUGAUGGCAUCGAUCGACACAACGGACGGAAAGUUGAAGGGCGUCGAAGGGUUGAAUGAUCUGCGGCAAGACUUUCAGAACCGACGUCAGCAGCUGUACGGGAAGCUGCUGGAAGAGUUGAACAAACACCUUUACGUGUCCAGUACAGCUGACGUGUUGCAGAACUUUCAGCGCCAAGCAUCCGGGCGCAACAGUCAAUAUGCGGCCGGUGCGUCCCCGUUUCAGCGAAACGUUUUACGACGCUCGGCAGAGCGGGUGGAAGCCAACACGAAAGCUCGUAAAGCAUUGUUCGAGAUCUCCAAGAACGGGUUUUUGGAUGUGGAUAAGAGCGAAAUCAUUGAAGAUACGGAACUGCUAGACCCGGAUGUCAAUUCGUCAUAUUUCCUGAGUAUAAUUGUUGAAUGCUUUGCAUUGUUACAGAAAGUGCCUGAAUCGAUUGAGUCAAUAAAAGUACAAAUGCAAAGCGAACUACUAGCUAUCGUAACCAAAUCCACUCAGCACAUCAAUUCGCUGGAGCAUCAACCGCAGACGCAGCAGCCAGCACUCGGUAUUACUAGCACACCGUCGUCUACGGCAGUCGCUGCCUGCAAUGGAACGCCCUCCGGUGCAUCAAAUGCAGAUCCCACUCAACCUGCCCAACCGGUACCAAUACUCGAACUGCUCGAUCUGGUGUUCAAGCAGUUCAAACUGAUUGCCAGCGCGCACCAACAAGCGCUCCGGAACUAUGGCAACGUCAUACAACGAUACAACAUUCCGCAAGUGAAACCUUACGACAUUAUCGAGUACUGGGGGCAGGCGCAAGCCGUCCUUAAGCUUGUGCUUACCGACUAUCUGGACAUUCAGAACGAUAGCGGUGACGAAGCGCUGUUGUUGCGUAGCCAGUUCGCGGAACAAUCCACCAAUGUGAAUGCGUUCUUUAGCCGUAGAAAAACGCCGGGGAAGAAGCUACUGUUCCGCUUUGACAAAUCGUCCCACACGGCGGAUGCAGGAGGUUCGCAAGUGGCAGAAACCGAAUCCGGACAGCCGAAGGAACAUCGGCGCAAUCUGUCGAACGUGUCGAACAGUACGCCGAAGGAAGACACGCUGCUAAACAGCUCGGCGGUCAGUGCAAAUUCCUCCCAUUUGCUAAACAGUAGCUUCCAUCAACAUCAGCCGUAUUAUUUCGGUGGAAAGGAUAGUGCUGCUGCUGCCGAACGGCGGAAGCGUGAACGGGCGUUGGUGUGUCCCGCUGACGCAUCUCUCGUGCGAAAAAUCUAUCUACCGCUGAUGGGAUACAUUCAGGAGAUAGAGAGCUUUAUGAAAUGCAAGUCUGGACAACCCUGCAGCUUGAAUACGUUCCUUGCGAAUUAUGUAAAAGACGCUUAUCUAGCUCGUGGGCAUAACCGAAACCUGCAGCUAACGAUCGAAUCGCUUUCGAAAUCGCAGGAUGCCUGGCGAACCAUUAUCAGUCCGGAGGAAAUGAAGCGUCUCGGCCUAACGCGUCCUCUUUUGCAAAACACUCUUAUCGUGGAAAAUCGAAUUGCCGAAACGAAGAAACUUAUCCAAGAUCUUCCCACCUACUCGGACGAAUUGUUGAAAAUGGUCUGUUCACUGUUGAAGACGUACCGCGAAACGUGUCAGGCCGCAUACCGAGGCAUUGUUCAGCCAGAAACCGAAGAUAAGCGAAUUUACAGUGUCGCCUGGUUGAAAGAUGAUGAUAUUACGCGAUUUUUAAAAUCGUUACCGAACUGGACGGAUCUGAAAUCAUCGAACGCUCGGUACAGGCAAUUGCAGCAGAAGCGCUUGAUCAAAGCGGAACCAUCGGAGGAAGAAAGUCCCACGCAGGUGCAGCAACGUAACGUUCGCGAAGCGGAAAUGCUGACGAGUAACCUUGGUGAGGGUGGCAUCUCACAGCAAGAGAUCCUGUCCGAUGUGGGCGUACUGAAAGAGCUGGCCAUACUGCAGGAAAGCAUGGAAUGGUUCGCGAGUCGCAUAACGGAGUUUGCCCAGGAGUUGAAGAAACCGAUCGUGAACGGACUGGUAACAGCAUCACCCGUUUCAACGCCCGGAUCAACUUCGCCCGCCGGCACGGCAACGAUCGUUAACAGUCCGGUUAUCGUGAAGGACGGUAUGAUUAAGGUGCUCAUCAAUCUAGCACUGGAGUUUGAGGAGUUGGCCAACACCUGUCUGCUGGUGCUGCAUCUUGAAGUGCGUGUGCAGUGUUUCCACUAUCUGCGCUCGAGUCCCUCGGACCGAUACAAGGCGAACAAUCCGAACAAGAACGAUUCACUCGAACCAGAUGCAAAGGUGCUGAAGCUAACGAAGGUGCUCUCGGACAUGGACGAGGCACUGAGUUCAACUCUGCAUCCGAGAAAAACGAAAUAUGUCUUCGAAGGUCUAGCACACUUGGCGGCGCGAAUUCUCAUCAUGGCUGCCAACUCUAUGGAGUACAUCGAUCACUCGGGCGUACAGCGAAUGUGCCGGAAUGCAUUGGCACUUCAGCAAACGUUGAGCAGCAUUACCGCAUCACGGGAAAUCGCAUUGGAUUAUGCACGUUCGUUUUACGAAAUGUUCUACCUAGACCCGGAGGAAAUUCUCACAUCGAUCGUGGAAAAGGGUGCACAAUUUACGGAGAUGCAAUAUCUCAAUGCGCUGCAGUUGAUCUUCCGAAACCGUGGCAUCGUAGACCCGGCCGUGGUCGGUACCUACCAGCAGAAGCUUUCCGAUCUGCUCGGUACCAAACCCGCCCUCGGCGUGACCGUUUAACGCGUCGCAAACGUUCGGUGGUCAGUGGGUGUGGUUGUAAGGACAGACAGCCACCACUCCCCUGAAAGCAUAUGCAAUUGUUUACUAGCAAUUACUGCCGCGCUAGAAGUAGUAUGUAUGUAUAGAAGUGCGUUUGUUUAGCGUAGCACCGCAAAACGUUCCGAAUCGCACCACUUGUUGUUUUCUUGGGUAAGCAUGAUUGUAUGGCCUUACGUUGGCAAAGUGCUCUGCAGUAGUGGUGUUAGAAUAAACGAAUUGUACUGCAAGCUUACGCGCGCGCGAUAGAACAACAAAUCGAUACAAAAUCGAACAACGCUGGUCUUGCGAUCGUGUGUAGGUCUGGCAAAUGGUUGCACGGUAACCUUUAGCAAUUAAGCAGGUUUGUUAACGAUUUGAUUAACUACAAAAAUGGUGGUUGAGCGGUGUUGAGGACAACAACACGUAUCAUACAACAACUAUAAGUAGCAUAGCAGAGAGUGUAGCUAUGCUACACGUUCAUUAUUCCAGGCAUGUGUACGAACCAAUUUGGGGUUAAUUAAAAAAAACAGGAGGCUCAACCGUACCAGUAUGCUAAACUCCUACUAUCAAACCUAGUGUAUUUUCCGUGUAGAGCUUGUAGUGAAGCGUUUUUGCUUAAAAAUUUCCCGAUCCCCGAUCCACAACGUGGUUCAUGGUGUGUUCGUUACGUUUAGUUCAGCUAUGCAUAUCACCAUUUCGAAGUUGUUUAAAUUUAUUUAUUGCCGCUUAUGCGAAAAGAUAACGAUUUAACUUUAACCUAAUAAUGAUCAAUUUAUUUCGGAUCGCAAGCUAAUCAAAAUUAAGUUUCGUGUUGAUGCUACACCAUGUAGAGACGGUUUCUGUUUCCCUCUUUUCCCAUUCCGCAUUACAUUCGAAAAUCACCUGCAAAUCGUUCUGUUGUUUCUCAGCAUAAACAGCUGUGUCUUGCCAGUUUGCUCCCGAUGGUUUUUUUUUCGACCCUAGCAAUCUG